AUGUCUACUGUCACUGUGGAUAUCCCUGACAACCCAGUCAGUUGUACUGAUGUGGCUCCCCCGACUGCACUUGUUGCAGUGUCCUGCCCACCUACAAAACAUAUCAGAAUUGUAAAAAAAGCAACGGCAUGUGACAAAGGCCUCAUUCAAGAAGCAGAACUGAGAAAUAAUUUCAGUUAUACAAUCAGCCAUAACAUAUGAGAUACACACUUUCUUGCCAGAAAAGAUAUACAGCAGGACGAUCUACAUAUCAAAUAUAACUUUAUGAAUCUGGGAUGUCCUCUUCUGGUACAUUAUAAAAAUCCUUGGGUGCCAGUUUUUAAGUUAUGGGAAAACAAUAGAUUUCAGGAGCAUGUCCCUGUUGUUCUACUUGAAAUAAACAGAAUGCAUAACUAUGAUUAUCUUUUGACUGUGCAUGAUGCCAACUGCAUCUCUCAACCUCAAAGCUGGACUUUGCUAGAGGAACAGUCUCCAGAUCCAAAUACUGCAUGGACCAGAAGAAACUACAUGAGCUGUAAGGAUAGGAAUGGACCUGAAUUAAUGUGGCCCUCAGUCAAGUAUCAGGUUCUUGAUGGAGACAAAAAUAAGAUCACUUUCCCUCCCUAUAAUGGUCUAUAUAUCUUCAAAGCCAGUGUAGUGGAUACAUUUUACAGUUACUGUGAUUUAUCCGUAACCUUCUCAGUAUAUGUCUAUGGUGCUUUUCCCACGAACUACCUACAUUUUGGGGCAUCACUGACAGUCUCUGUGACUUUGCUUUUGAUUUUUACAUGA